CCAACCCCCAUGUGAGUUAUGAGUGGGAGAGCCUCUUCCUUCCGCCGAGGUUGCCGAGCGCGGCCGUCUGUCCUUCCUUUCGAGAAGGAGGGGAGCGCUGGAGGGGGACUCUUUUUCGUAGCGGAGGCCGCCGACGGCCUUGGCCCUUUCACGACGGGGGAGGUGCUGUACGUCCAAGAUGGCGGCGCCCUGUAGGUUGGAGGGACUGUGAGGUAAACAGCUGAGGGGGAGGAGACGGUGGGCACUGUGGAGGUGCUUAGCAGUCAUUAUCUCCUUUGGUCCUCACGACAAAGAGAAGAGGCAGCCACUAUUAACACCUCCAGUCUUCUCAAAUGAAGAAACUGAGGCCCGGAGAGAGCAGGGUACUUUGCGUAAGAUCACACCCCAAUUGUAUCUGAGCCAGGACUGGAACUGCUGGGAUCUGACUGACUCCAAAGAUAUGACUCUUAAAUUUAUCUGUUAUUGGAUCAAAGCUGACCUAAUAAUGAACUUGCUGGAAACAAGAGAUCUGACACCAUAGUGCUCAUGAGAACCUCGAUGUACAGAUAUUUGGCACUAUAGUAGGUAGACCUACAUAUUCGGACACCUUGUGUAUGUAUUUUGGAAGAAGACUAAUUCUGAUGUGCACCAGAGGUUGAGGACCACUGGCUUCAAGUAUCAAUCUGGCUAUUUUCAUUUAUUAUUUAUCGCAGAGAUCAUGAAUUGGUAACUAAUAUAAUUUGGAUGGCAUGAAAUACUCAUUCUCCAUUUAAGUUCAUCUGAAAGAGUGACCAUGAAAGACACCAGGUUGACAGCACUGGAAACUGAAGUACCAGUUGUCCCUAGAACAGUCUGGUAGUGGCGCCAAUGAAGAACCUUCAGAACCUGUAGCACACGUCCUGGAGCCGGCACAGCGCCUUUGAGGGAGAGAAUGGCCCAACAAGCGAAUGUCGGGGAGCUCCUCGCCAUGCUGGACUCCCCGAUGCUGGGUGUGCGGGACGACGUGACAGCUGUCUUUAAAGAGAACCUCAAUUCUGACCGUGGUCCUAUGCUUGUAAACACCUUGGUGGAUUAUUACCUGGAAACCAACUCUCAGCCGGCGUUGCACAUCCUGACCACCUUACAAGAGCCACAUGACAAGCACCUCUUGGACAGGAUUAAUGAAUAUGUGGGUAAAGCCGCCACUCGUUUAUCCAUCCUCUCGUUACUGGGUCAUGUCAUAAGACUGCAGCCAUCUUGGAAGCAUAAGCUGUCUCAAGCACCUCUUUUGCCUUCUUUACUAAAAUGUCUCAAGAUGGACACUGACGUCGUUGUCCUCACAACAGGCGUCUUGGUGUUGAUAACCAUGCUACCAAUGAUUCCACAGUCUGGGAAACAGCAUCUUCUUGAUUUCUUUGACAUUUUUGGCCGUCUUUCAUCAUGGUGCCUGAAGAAACCAGGCCACGUGGCGGAAGUCUAUCUCGUCCAUCUCCAUGCCAGUGUGUACGCACUCUUUCAUCGCCUUUAUGGAAUGUACCCUUGCAACUUUGUCUCCUUUUUGCGUUCUCAUUACAGUAUGAAAGAAAACCUGGAGACUUUUGAAGAAGUGGUCAAGCCAAUGAUGGAGCAUGUGCGAAUUCAUCCGGAAUUAGUGACUGGAUCCAAGGACCAUGAACUGGACCCUCGAAGGUGGAAGAGAUUAGAAACUCAUGAUGUUGUGAUCGAGUGUGCCAAAAUCUCUCUGGAUCCCACAGAAGCCUCAUAUGAAGAUGGCUAUUCUGUGUCUCACCAAAUCUCAGCUCGCUUUCCUCAUCGUUCAGCCGAUGUCACCACCAGCCCUUAUGUUGACACACAGAAUAGCUAUGGGUGUGCUACUUCUACCCCUUACUCCACAUCUCGGCUGAUGUUGUUAAAUACGCCAGGGCAGCUACCUCAGACUCUGAGUUCCCCAUCUACACGGCUGAUAACUGAACCACCACAAGUAUGGUGUCAAUUGGCUACUCUUUGGAGCCCAUCUAUGGUUUGUGGUAUGACCACUCCUCCAACUUCUCCUGGAAAUGUCCCACCUGAUCUGUCACACCCUUACAGUAAAGUCUUUGGUACAACUGCAGGUGGAAAAGGAACUCCUCUGGGAACCCCAGCAACCUCUCCUCCUCCAGCCCCACUCUGUCAUUCGGAUGACUACGUGCACAUUUCACUCCCCCAGGCCACAGCCACACCCCCCAGGAAGGAAGAGAGAAUGGAUUCUGCAAGACCAUGUCUACACAGACAGCACCAUCUUCUGAAUGACAGAGGAUCAGAAGAGCCACCUGGCAGCAAAGGUUCUGUCACCCUAAGUGAUCUUCCAGGGUUUUUAGGUGAUCUGGCCUCUGAAGAAGAUAGUAUUGAAAAAGAUAAAGAAGAAGCUGCAAUAUCUAGAGAACUUUCUGAGAUCACCACAGCAGAGGCUGAGCCUGUGGUUCCUCGAGGAGGCUUUGACUCUCCCUUUUACCGAGAGAGUCUCCCAGGUUCUCAGCGGAAGACCCACUCGGCAGCCUCCAGUGCUCAGAGCGCCAGCGUGAACCCUGAGCCUUUACACUCCUCCCUGGACAAGCUUGGGCCUGACACACCAAAGCAAGCCUUUACUCCCAUAGACCUGCCCUGCGGCGGUGCUGAUGAAAGCCCUGCGGGAGACAGGGAAUGCCAGACUUCUUUGGAGACCAGUAUCCUCACUCCCAGUCCUUGUAAAAUUCCACCUUCGACGAGAGUGGGCUUUGGAAGCGGGCAGCCUCCCCCGUACGAUCAUCUUUUUGAGGUGGCAUUGCCAAAGACAGCCCAUCAUUUUGUCAUCGGGAAGACUGAGGAGCUUUUAAAGAAAGCAAAAGGAAGCACAGAGGAAGAUGGUGUGCCCUCUACCUCCCCAAUGGAAGUGCUGGACAGACUGAUACAGCAGGGAGCAGACGCGCACAGCAAGGAGCUGAACAAGUUGCCUUUACCCAGCAAGUCUGUCGACUGGACCCACUUUGGAGGCUCUCCUCCUUCAGAUGAGAUCCGCACCCUCCGAGACCAGUUGCUUUUACUGCACAACCAGUUACUCUACGAGCGUUUUAAGAGGCAGCAGCAUGCCCUGCGGAACAGGCGGCUCCUCCGCAAGGUGAUCAAAGCAGCAGCUCUGGAGGAACAUAAUGCUGCCAUGAAAGAUCAGUUGAAGUUACAAGAGAAAGACAUCCAGAUGUGGAAGGUUAGUCUGCAGAAAGAACAAGCUAGAUACAGUCAGCUUCAGGAGCAGCGUGACACUAUGGUGACCAAGCUCCACAGCCAGAUCAGACAGCUGCAGCAUGACCGAGAGGAAUUCUACAACCAGAGCCAGGAAUUACAGACGAAACUGGAGGACUGCAGGAACAUGAUUGCAGAGCUGCGGAUAGAAUUGAAGAAGGCCAACAACAAGGUGUGUCACACUGAGCUGCUGCUCAGUCAGGUUUCCCAAAAGCUCUCAAACAGUGAGUCGGUCCAGCAGCAGAUGGAAUUCUUGAACAGGCAGCUGUUGGUUCUUGGGGAGGUCAACGAGCUAUAUUUGGAACAACUGCAGAACAAGCACUCAGAUACCACAAAGGAAGUAGAAAUGAUGAAAGCUGCCUAUCGGAAAGAGCUAGAAAAAAACAGAAGCCAUGUUCUCCAGCAGACUCAGAGGCUUGACACCUCCCAGAAACGGAUUUUGGAACUGGAAUCUCACCUGGCCAAGAAAGACCACCUUCUUUUGGAACAGAAGAAAUAUUUAGAGGAUGUCAAACUCCAGGCAAGAGGACAGCUGCAGGCUGCAGAGAGCAGGUAUGAGGCUCAGAAAAGGAUAACCCAGGUGUUUGAAUUGGAGAUCUUAGAUUUAUAUGGCAGGUUGGAGAAAGAUGGCCUCCUGAAAAAACUUGAAGAAGAAAAAGCCGAAGCAGCUGAAGCAGCAGAAGAAAGGCUUGACUGUUGUAAUGACGGGUGCUCAGAUUCCAUGGUAGGGCACAAUGAAGAGGCAUCUGGCCACAACGGUGAGACCAAGACCCCCAGGCCCAGCAGCACCCGGGGCAGUAGUGGAAGCAGAGGAGGUGGAGGCAGCAGCAGCAGCAGCAGCGAGCUUUCCACCCCGGAGAAGCCCCCACACCAGAGGGCGGGCCCAUUCAGCAGUCGGUGGGAGACGACGGGAGAACCGUCUGCCAGCAUCCCUACCACUGUGGGCUCACUUCCCAGUUCAAAAAGCUUCCUGGGUAUGAAGGCCCGAGAGUUAUUUCGUAAUAAGAGCGAGAGUCAGUGUGAUGAGGACGGCAUGACCAGUAGCCUUUCUGAGAGCCUAAAGACGGAACUGAGCAAAGACUUGGGUGUGGAAGCCAAGACUCCCCUGAACCUAGAUGGCCCGCACCCAUCUCCCCCGAACCCGGACAGUGUUGGACAGCUACAUAUCAUGGACUACAAUGAGACUCAUCAUGAACACAGCUAAGGAUGGUGGUCAAUCAGUGUUAACUUGCAUAUUGUUGGCACAGAACAGGAGGUGUGAAUGCACGUUUCAAAGCUUUCCUGUUUCCAGGGUCUGAGUGCAAGUUCAUGUGUGGAAAUGGGACGGAGGUCCUUUGGACAGCUGACUGAAUGCAGAACGGUUUUUGGAUCUGGCAUUGAAAUGCCUCUUGACCUUCCCCUCCACCCGCCCUAACCCCUCUCAUUUACCUCGCAGUGUGUUCUAAUCCAAGGGCCAGUUGGUGUUACUCAGUAGCUUUACUUUCUUCCUUUCCCCCGAGAAUGGUUGCGUCCUUUGAACCUGUGCAAUAUGAGGCCAAAUUUAAUCUUUGAGUCUAACACACCACUUUCUGCUUUCCUGAAGCUCAGAUUACUGGGUUGGCUCUCAGUUAGACCAGGUAGUUUGUUGCAUUGCAGGUAAGUCUGGUUUUAUCCCUUCCAGGAGGACAUAGCCUGCAAAGCUGGUUGUCUUCACUUGAAAGCUGUCACAUGAGACUUUUCCACUGCUUUUUGAUUCUGAAGUUCAGCAUCUAAAGCAGCAGGUCUAGAAGAACAAUGGUUUAUUCACACUUACAUUCUUUUGGCAGUUCUAAUAAGCUUCCUAGAAAGUUCUGUGUAAACAGAAGCCUGUUUCAGAAAUCUAGAGCUGGCACUGUGGAGACCAUACACCCUUUGGGAAAGCUCUUGUCCCUCUUCCCCCACUACCUCUUAUUUAUUUGGUGUUUGCUUGAAUGUUGGUACUAUUGUGACCACAGGCUGGUGUGUAGGUGGUAAAACCUGUUCUCAGUAGGAGGCAAGGAGCAGUCACUGGGAGAGGUUACCCGAGAAGCACUUGAGCAUGAGGAACUGCACCUCCAGUCCAUCUCAGCUUGCUGGGCCUUUUGUUAAACCUUCCUGUCUGCUGGCCUCCCUUUGUGUGCACACGCCUCUUGUUCAUGUCAGCUUAUUUGUGACAGUGCAGCAGAAAGGCUCUGAAGGUCCAAAGAGUUUCUGCAAAGUGUAUGUGACCAUCAUUUCCCAGGCUGUUAGGGUUGCCUCACUGUAGCAGGUUCUAGGCCACCAGAAGGGGGGCAGCUUUUUCAUACCAAUUCCAACUUUGAGGGGCCGACUCUUCAGGCACAGAUGUCAUCACACUGUCCAUGUUAGUAAUGCAGAGCAGUCUAAGCAGAGUCCGGGAGAAUGUUGGCAAAAGCUGGCUGUGUAUGCCCACUAGGCUGCCCCACGUGCUCACGAGAGAUGACACUAGUCAGAAGAGUGGCAGUGGCAGAGAAUCCAAACUCAACAAGUGCUCCUGAAAGAAAUGCUAGAAUCCUAAGAAUUGUUGCCUGGUGUUCCAGCUGAGGCAGGGGAGAGCUGGUAGGAAGGAGCCAGUGAACUUGGCUUUCCUGUUUCUAUUCUUUCAUUAAAAAGAAUACAAGGAUUCAGUCAUAAAGAGGUAAAAAACUGUCAUGGUACGAAAUCUUAGUGCACACGGAGGCUUCGAGCACUAGAGAAUAAAAGUCUUUUUUUUUUUUUUUUUUUUUUUUUUAGCAUGGCAAUAAAUAUUCUAGCAUUCCUAACUAAAGGGAGGUAGACAGUUGGAGACUCUAUGUCACCCUGGCUAUACCGGCAGAAAACCUGUUCAGGCAGGCUUUCUGGGUGUGACUGAUUCCCAGCCUGUGGCAGGGCGUGGUGUCAACUACUCGGCCUAGCACAGGUUGGCAGUUGGCCCUGAAUUGUCAGAUGUGGAGUAUUAGUGACACCACACGUUUAAUUCAGCUUUGUCCAAAGGAAAGCUUAAAAUCCAGUAUAGUCUAGUUUCCUGGUCCAGUUUUAGAAAAGGAAAACGUGAACAAAUUUAGAAAGGGAAGGAAAUCCCAUCAGUGAAUCCUGAAACUGGUUUUAAGUACUUUCCUUCUAGAGAUCUGUGCCACAGAACAAGAUACCAGGCACUUAAAGCUUUUUCCUUAAUUGGCAAAGGAAAAGAGGCCCAGGUGAAAAAGAAAACACAUUUUAGAAAUGGACGGGUUGUCAAAAUAAAGGGAAGAAAGGUGGCAGCAUGGACAGAGGCCUAGGCCUGAAGCUCUAUGGACAUGUCUGUGCAGGGCCCUCAGCUCGUCCAUCCAGCCUGGGUGUCCCUUUCCUCAGCUUUAUAACAAAGGUGGCUCCAAGCUCAGGUGCCUCUGAGUUCCAGGAGGCUGUGGGUUUCACUCAACCACAGAUGGGAGAAUGAGACCUGGAGUCAUGGUGAAGGGGCCCAGCCUAAAGCUGUAGGCUUUCAUGUUGCAAAGAACUCGAGUCAGUAGUUAGGUUUGGUUUGGUUUUGGAAGUGGUAAACCUGCCGAGAGUCACUCGGUCAUGCUGCAGUGAGUAGUUUUAAGGAUGGGAAAGGUGACAGUAGGACUCUCGAGAGGCAAUUCAGUCCUGGGCAAAGGUAUUAGUACAGUAAGCGUUCAGGGCAGAGUCUAUCUUGAAACCAAUUAAGCAGCUUGGUAUUUAUAAAUAUUGAGAUUGGAUGGCCUCCAUCCAGGAAUCACUAUGGGUGAGCAUACCUGUCUCAGCUGUUUGGCCAAUGUGCAUAACCUACUCGGAUCCCCACCUGACACUAACCAGAGUCAGCACAGGCCCCGAGGAGCCCAAAGUCUGCUGCUGUGCAGCAUGGAAUUCCUUUAAAAAGGUGCACUACAGCUUUAGCGGGGAGGGGGAUAGGAAGACGCAGAGCAGAUGAGCUCCCGAGUCCCUGCAGGUGAAUAAACACACAGAUCUGCAUCUGAUAGAACUUCAAUGGAUUUUCAAAAAGCCAUUGACAAGACUCUGCCAUAAAGUCUAUAAAAAUUGUUAUUAUGGGAUUGGAAGAAACACGUGGUCAUGAAUAUAAAAAAACGGAAACCCAAAGGUAGGAAGGUCAAGGUCACUUCUUCGAUGGAGAAGUUGUGAAAGAUGUCCUUGGAGAGGAGUGUUAGGACCAGCAUUACUAAGGCAGGUGGGCAGACAGUGACCUCUCUAGGUGUGCCCACAGAGUUUUUCAGGAGAGAAAACUGCCCAACCUUUGGGACUAAGCUGCAGAAUCUUCUUACUAAGCUUGAUGAGUGGAGAGGCGAGAGGUGAGCUACUUUGUGAGCCAAAGCUUAUGUGACGUGGUUGGGGGAAACAGUCCAAAUUGUUCUGAGAAGGUGAACUGUUACAACCCAGGAACAGGUCCUGGAAGCCACUGACAAUUAGAAAAAUUCACCCACCAUGCCGCACAUUACUGGGUAAAAGCAGAGCAGCAGGGAACAAAACUCCAGACUCUUGGGCCGUCCCCAUUUGCAACAGCACAUGUAGUUUCUGGUAUAGUUGUUGAGAAAGAGAAAACUCUAGCCGUUGUUCAGAGGAGGAUGUAUAAAAUGGUCCUGGGGAUGAAAGGAUCUGUGAGACCACAGAGGCUCAGACUCGCUGUUAAGAACAGAAAACUGGGUAUGUGUUUCAUGUAGCCAGCAGAACCGAAGUGUGCUGUGACAAGCCAAUGUGAAUUUCUACCAAAUAGUAGAGCAUACCACUUGAAGAAGGAACUGAAGAGCAAACAGAAGUUCUCCACAGUGAGACUCACCUUAUCUCACUGAAAGCACUAAGAGGUGGGAGGAGGCCUGUACAGGCUGGAGGAGGGUUUGGGCAGAGCGAAGGCCCGGCCAGGACCUUGGUGAGAUGGAGUGCCGCCCACCUCCUGCGGAUACUCUUGGAGAGUGGUCCCCCCAGGGGGCUCUGCCCCACCUGGAGAAGAAAGCUGCCUUGUGUGGAGUGACUCAGAUCAGUACACCUUAUCUGCUGCACCUUCACUCUCCAGGGUACAUGCCACAAGCGUUGGAAAAAUGUAUCCAGUCUGAAGAUGUUUGUGUGUCUGUUUACAUCCAGAGUUCUGUGACACAUGUCCCCCAGAUUGCUGCAAAGAUCCCCAAGGCAUUGAUUGCACUCGAUUAAGCUUUUGUCUGUAGGUAAAAACAAGUUUAGGUCGAGGACUGGCCCCUAGGCUGCUGCUGUGACCCUUGUCCCACGUGGCUUCUCUGUCCGGAACGCUUCGAUGUGCCCAGGGGAGCAUGUUCCUGUCUCCUCCAUGCCGUCCUGCAGUCCGUAUCUGCUCGUCUGAGGGAAGAGUAGCUGUAGCUACAAGGGAAGCCUGCCUGGAAGAGCCGAGCACCUGUGCCCACGGCUUCUGGUCAUGAAACGAGUUAAUGAAGGCAGAGGAGUUUCCUCCUCGCUUCCCAGCGCCACAUUACCCACCCUCUGAGAUAAGUAGGCUGGUUUAACCAUUGGAAUGGACCUUUCAGGGGAGAUCCUGAGAGUCUGAGAACCCCCAGACCAACCCCUCCCUCCCUUUCCCCACCUCUUACAGUGUUUGGACAGGAGGGUAUGGUGCUGCUCUGUGUAGCAAAUACUUUGGCUUAUGAAAGAGGCAGCCAUGCAUUUUGCACUAGGAAGAAUCAGUAAUCACUUUUCAGAAGACUUCUAUGGACCACAAAUAUAUUACGGAGGAACAGAUUUUGCUAAGACAUAAUCUAGUUUUAUAACUCAAUCAUGGAUGAACCAUGUGUGGCAAACUUGCAGUUUAAAGGGGUCCCAUCAGUGAAAAGAAACUGAUUGUUUUUAACGGACUGCUUUUAGUUAAAUUGAAGAAAGUCAGCUCUUGUCAAAAGGUCUCAACUUUCCCGCCUCAAUCCUAAAAGCAUGUCAACAAUCCACAUCAGAUGCCAUAAAAAUGAACUGCAAGAUAAAAUGGUACAAUCUUAGUGAAUGGGAAUUGGAAUCAAAAGGGUUUGCUGUCCUUCUUAGAAUGUUCUAAAACGUCAAGGCAGUUGCUUGUGUUUAACUGUGAACAAAUAAAAAUUUAUUGUUUUGCACUA